AUGAAGCCAGCAGUGGUCCUGCUGGGCCUCGUCCUCCUGCUGAACACCACCUUUGCUGUGGAAGAGUCCUGUGUGGGUCGUUGUGGCUUCUUCGACCCGCAGAGCAAAUGUCAGUGUGACUCCAUGUGUGUGUACUACGGAAGCUGCUGUGGAGACUUUGACACCAUUUGCCCUAAGAAAACUGCUCGUGGUGACACAUUCGCUGAAACAGAAGAAGAAACAGACGCAAUGAACGAGAGCUCUACACCUCUCACACCAACUUUCAACACAGUUGCACCAAUCAUCACCGCCUCUCUUCCACCCACCAUCACACAAGGGCCCACACCACCUGUAGACACUAAUGCAGUGCCCUGCAGUGGUCGACCUUUUGAUGCUUUUCUGCAGCUGAAGAAUGGGUCGAUCUACGCGUUUAGAGGUGAAUAUUUUUUCGAGUUGGAUGACAAGUCCGUACUUCCCGGUUACCCCAAACUCACCCAGGAUGUGUGGGGAAUCUCUGGGCCCAUCAGUGCUGCAUUCACACGCAUCAACUGCCAGGGAAAAUCCUACAUCUUUAAGGGGAACAAGUACUGGAGGUUUGAUGGCGAUGUCUUAGAUGCGGACUAUCCCCGAGACAUUUCAGUCGGCUUUGAUGGCAUACCCGAUGACCUUGAUGCCGCAUUUGCCAUACCAGCUCCAAGUCACCGUGGCAAAGAGAAAGCUUACUUUUUCAAAGGGGACAAGUAUUACCAGUACGAGUUCAAGCACCAGCCUUCCCAUGAGGAGUGUGUCCGCAUGAGCAGGUCCUCCCCGUCUGUGAUGUUCACAAGCUACACUGACCUCUUCUGCGAUCAGACAUGGGAGGAUUACUUCACAGAGCUCUUUGGAAGCCCUGUCAGCAGUCACCACACGGGCCCUAGUUUCACCAGCCGUGACUGGCAGGGCAUCAGGCCCCCUGUAGAUGCAGCCAUGGUGGGACGGGUGCACCUCAGUCCCAAGCCCACGCCAUCUUCUCCUCCGCCACCGAGGAGGUGGAGCAGUCGGAGGAGGAGACCCAGCAAAAAGCGUGGACAGGGAAGAAGGCAGAGUCACCACGUGCUGUUUGAUGAUUUGUGGAGUUACGAUUUGUUUGACGACAGCGACCACCUCUUUGAUGAGAGCACCACAAAGCAGUACAAAAGCACCCCAGUUCAAAAUGUGUAUUUUUUCAAAAGAGAUAAAUACUACAGAGUGGAUCUGCAGAAAAAACGUGUGGACUCCGCCUACCCUCGUUACCCACGAUCCAUUGCAAAAUACUGGCUGGGCUGCGAGCGGGAAGAGUCGCCUGAUGCUUCAAGGGCAGAGAGGAGAUAGGCCUGCAGGGUAGUUUGGAGGUUGUGUUUUAAACACCUCUCAUUGUUGACAGGUCCUAAAGUAAUUACAAUGUGAUCUUUUAAUAGCUUCUGUUAUUUUUGUUGCUAAAGCAUGAUAAAUACCCGCUCUGAUUUCCCCAUAUUAUUUAGGUGGAUAGACAGAAAAUCUGUAUGAUUUAAUAAACUGUGAAAUUGUGAAUGCCUUAAUAUUCUUCUUGUCCAACUGGUAGCCUAUAGACAACAAACACACAUGCAUUCCCUGGCUUAU